AUGUUCCAAAAUAUGCCGCUAGGUAGCGUAGAGCCUCUUCCACCCCCAUUCACCUCGUUCGCACAGUUCAAGGAGGCGCUCGAUGAGUACUACAAGAACGGUGCGAUGGGCGCAAAUAAUCCGCGCAUGAAGCGGCCGGGUUACCGCUCUCACAUUGCGACAGAGAGGAUUAAUGCCCACGACGGCACGCCCUGCGUGGUCGCAUGGCACCAAUACAGUCGCGGCUUCCCGGAUCAGCCUGAAGAAAGGUUCGGUACCCGCAGAGUACCUUUUGGCAGUUUUCAAGUCUAUUUGCCGUGUCAUACCACAGAUAGUAGUCGAGAUGUAGAGAUACACCGCGACGAAACCACUUCUCGCGUAGCAGAGCUACUCGAAUCUAAAACGCACAUAAAGCGCCAUAGCAACGAAGUUCCUUUCCGCGACCGAUUAGAUGUCUUCGGGUUGGCGGUGCGCCCUGGCUCUAGCCGUGAAGAGUUGGUUUCGGCCUGCAUUGCGCACCAGCAAUCCGAGAUAGCAGCGCGAAAUCAGGCGAGUGGUGUUCAAGAAGGGGGGAUAGAGGAUGAGGAAAAAUGGGCGGGCGACAAGACAACGUUCCUUUUCGUUUGGUUUGAUCGCAAAGAACGGAAACGGGAUGAGGAAGACGAGCUGGAUUAUCCCCCUAUUAAGGUGCUAGUCAAGCAAGGACUUCAACAAGCUGCUAAGGAAAUGCACAGAAUGCGAGGCGCUGGAUCGGGCAUUAUAGAAAAUACGCUUGAAAAGUAUUCGGCUGAUUUUGGCGAGCCAUACGUGCGUCCAGAGCCUCUAGUAAAGCGGCCGACUAGGUCCGAGCUUAUCCGGCGACGGAAGAGGCGGGAGCAAGGCCUGCCAUCUGACGAUGAGGACGAGGACGUGGACGAUGAUAAUUAG